UCUGAUGUCUCUGAGCUCUAAAAACACUGAAAAAAGGGAAAAUUGUUCAUGGUUUCUGUGAUCUGAUUUAUAGACCCAUUUGGUUUUGGUCCGCCAUGAGAGGAUCCUCCCAUCACACGAGCUAUCUGAUCAAGAUCUUCAUCGUUAUUACAGCUUCAGCCGGAGAACUCCUCCCAUGUCUUGUCCGUUCAGCAGUUGUCGAGGAUGAUGUCAAGUGUCUGAAGGGAUUGAAUAACUCGCUCAGUGACCCAGAAGGAAAGCUGAGCUCGUGGAAUUUCUCGAACUCGACGGUCGGUUUUAUCUGCCAAUUUGUCGGAGUCAGCUGCUGGAACGAACAGGAGAAUCGGAUAUACAACCUUCAACUUCGAGACAUGCAGCUGUCGGGACAGGUUCCCGAUUCCUUAAAGUACUGUCGGAGUUUGCAGACGUUGGAUCUAUCCGGCAACAACCUAUCGGGUCUGAUCCCGGCAGAUAUAUGUUCCUGGGUGCCUUAUUUGGUAGUUCUCGACCUAUCAAUCAAUGAAUUUUGGGGCCCGAUUCCGCCUGGCCUUAGCAACUGCACUUACUUGAAUAAGUUGAUUCUGUCAAACAAUCGUCUCUACGGGCAAAUUCCGUACCAAUUAUCCAGUUUGGGGAGGUUGAAGACGUUUUCUGUGGCGAAUAACGAGCUGACGGGGAAUAUUCCGCCGUUUCUUGAUAGGUAUGAGGCGGCGGAUUUUGAAGGUAACGAUGGACUCUGUGGCGAGCCGCUUCGGAAGUGCGGUGCGUUGAGCAAGAAGAGACUGGCGAUUAUAAUUGCGGCGGGGCUGUUCUUUGCGGCCUCAAUUAUAAUUUUAGCAUCCGUAGAUUAUUUCUCUCCUCUGUGUUGCGCGUGGAACGUUGCUGGUUGAUUCUAAUUCAACGAUUUUGGAUUCUGGUCGACUCUUGCGUCUUCUUUUGGAAGAGUAUUUGCUUCUUUCUUUACCAUGGAAUCCAUGCCUUAUCUUCUGGCCUAGAUGGUAUCUAAAGAACUUUGAUUUGAUACCAUACGAUGUUUAUUUUUAUCGUAAGGGGGUUAAUGUUUCUAAACUCAAGGCUUCUAAAGUGCUAGUGUUUAUUGUAUAGCAUAUGAUUAGUUAUAUAAUUAGAAUAAUAUAUUUUUUUAAUUCUU